UGCCUGGGAGCAGCCCAGAUGGCUGGCAGUCCCCAGCCUCAACCCAGCCACCGAGUGGGAUCCGAGCGUCGGCUGACGUGCUCCGGUACACUCUCUGCCUGAUGGCCAGCUCCCACCCGGAUCCUGAACCCGAGCCCGAAUCCGUGUUCCCACGGGAGGUCCGGCUCUUCACCGACUCUUACUCGGAGAGCAGCCGGUUCUGCUUCUGUGGGCACGAGAUGAGCAUCACGCAGAACUUUGGGUCGCGCCUUGGGGUGGCGGCACGUGUGUGGGAUGCGGCUCUGAGCCUGUGUAACUAUUUCGAGAGUCAGAAUGUGGAUUUUCGAGGCAAGAAGGUGAUCGAACUGGGCGCUGGGACGGGCAUCGUGGGAAUCUUGGCGGCGCUUCAGGAUUCUGCUCUACAAACCUCUUUCUUGGACCGGGAGUAUAGCGGCAGAGUGCUUGCUCAGCAUGUGAACACACUCUCAAGCCUGGCUCUCCUUAGCAUGCCUUGGGCUCUUGUGUCCUAUUUCGUGCUUGGAAAGCUUCAUCUGACCAACUUGUGCUUGUCCUCUGAGGCUCAGCUGAGGUCACGUCUUCUGAGUUUGGGGGGGGAUGUUACCAUCACUGAUCUACCAUUGGCCUUAGAGCAGAUCCAGUAUAAUGUCCGCGCUAAUGUACCAUCUGGAGGCCGGGUGAAGGUGUGUGCCUUGUCCUGGGGAAUUGACCAGCACGGCUUUCCUGGAAACUAUGACCUGGUCCUGGGGGCAGAUAUCGUGUACCUGGAACCUACCUUCCCACUGCUGGUGGGGACCCUCCAGCACCUGUGCGGGCCCCAUGGUACCAUCUACCUGGCCUGCAAGAUGAGAGAGGAGCACGGGACUGAGAGCUUCUUUCGGCACUUGCUGCCCCAGCACUUCCAGCUGGAGCUGGCCCAGCGGGAUGAGGAUGUGAAUAUCAACAUCUAUAGGGCCAGGCACAGGGACGUGAGACCUGCUGGGCGUCACCCCUGCUGCUGAGCCCAGCCCCUGCCCCAGCAGAGGACGGCACACCUCCAGAGCCAUGAACAUCUGGACAAGAGGGAAGGAUGGACUGCCUGUCUUCUUUCUUCCCUCUUCCAGUUUGCUCCCCGAGGUAUUCUUGGGGAGAUGCAGGAGCAGGACAGCUUGUUAAAAAUAGCAGAGCCCUAGAAGCAUUGAAUUUAAAGCACAAAGAGGGGCCGUCGGUGGAGGAGGAUGAGACGGUGUGCAGGAUUUGGGGGGUAAGGGAGGCAAACUGGGUAUGAAUAGCGGCUGCAGAGAGACCGGCACCGAUCUCUUCCAGCUCUUUCAUCAGAAUGGACUUUUUUGCUUGCUUUUCUGAGUCAGGGUUUCUCUGUGUAGCCUUGUCUGUCUUAGAACUCUAUGGACCAGGCUGGCCUCGAACACAGAGAUUCACCUG